AUGGCUCUUUCAAGACACUGCAUAACAGUAAUUGGAAAAGUAUGCAAUUCACCUAAUGUUAAGAUACUGUAUCCAUAUGUUAGGCCUAGUUCUGCCCAAGGCCACCUAGGCAACCUUGGAUCUCAAGAUAUGAGACGGCCUCAAAAACAUUUUGAAAGCACAAAAAGACCCAAGCCCAACUCUAUUAACCCACAAAACCCUAUCCCUUUCCCGUCCAUCCAACAACUAUAUCCCCAAAUCGCCUCCAAGAACCUUAAGUACAACCGAUCAAUCUGGAACUACAGCAACCCAAGCAUUGAUUGUAGCCGAACGAAGAUUGAACUUAGCUCCAGCAACAAGAAAUCGACCACGGCCGACACCGAGCAGCAUCCAACUGACAUUCAGGUAGAUGAUGAUCCAGACUUCAACGAUUCUAACCAUGAUGUAUAUGAUGAUGAUGACAUAUUGUUUGAUUGUAACGUGAUCGAAGGCAUCAAAAUGGGAUUGCAUAUCGAGCCACAGGAUGAAGAUGCCCUGAAAUCAGAUAGAUCGUCAGAUGCAUCUUCUGAAGAAAUAAAAUUAGGUAGUGGUUUGGACUCGGAUGAGAACAUAAGUACACAUGACUUUCCUGAAUUUUUUCCUCAAAAUGAGAAGUGGAAUCCACACCUCGAGAUAGGGUUAUUGUUUGGUGUAUUCGAGGAGUUGAAAAAUGUUGUUAGAAAUUACGUAGUCUUCAAUUAGGUUGAACCAAUUUUCUAGUGAAAUGAUAAGAAUGGAGUCCAUUGUGUAUGUAAUGAUGGUUGUCCAUGGAAGUUAUGGGCAUCUAAGCUUCAAGGUCA